AUGUCGGGAACUCAUCAUCCUUCAUCUGCCACAUACUUUGAUGGUCGGAGGCUGGUCGAAAAUGGGAGCAGGCCUUGGAGUCUAUCGUCACUAAUAGUACUGGUGAACGGGACGUUGAGCGCCGCGAGAGAGCACAGAGCCCUUUGGAGUGCAUACAGCUUCAUCUUUGAGAUCCCCCGUAUCCUCCUCACACGCCCCGACGCAAAAUCGUUUCUCACUGAUGCAUGGGUGCGGGGUCUACGUCGAGCUCGCGAUGACGACGACAUGCCGGAACGCCGGAAAAUAGCUGAAAGGCUGCUGAACAGAUAUGAAAUAAAUGGUGUGGACAAACACGACAUUUGCAAGGUUUUCGACAUCCUCCAGCCACCCGCCCCCCUCCCGCAAGCCACCUGCGCCUCUCAGCCCGCCAUCUUUGUUAGUGGUAAUGUCAGCAACUCCACGCUUACAUCGAACGUUGGGUCUAGAAAAAGGAAGCGUCCCGCUUCAAAUGGUCGAAACGACUCACCGCCAACGCGGCGGGCUGCCCCCGCCUCACGGCGGGCAGCUUCCGCCUCACGGCAUCUCAAAGCGUUCAAGCACACCUGGGCCAGCCUGAAGGAUAGGGCAAAAUGGCCCCUCCGAGAUACCUCUGGUGCAAAUAACCCUUCACUAGGGGGGGUUCGUUAUGUGGAAGACGUUCUCUAUCACCACUUCAAAGACUGUGAGUGGGAGCUCGCAGUCCACUCCUGGGUUAUCGAUACAUCAGACGAACAGGUUAUGGGUUUGUUCUCCGAUAAUGAGAGAAGAAUGAUAUGCGAGGAGAUACCACCGCUUCCCGAGACGGAUGGGUGGUUUCUGGAUGCCAUUGUUCGAUAUGGUGGGCACAACAACGCCGACCAAUUUAAAGAGUAUAUCUAUACUACUCCACCACUCACCCCGGAGAUACCUCUCGAGGAACGGGCUGGACGUACGUGGCUUGACAACGCAAUGCGCUGCUGGUCUGGCCUGUUGGAUAGCCCCAGCGCUUUCACUCGUGAUCACGGGGAGUUUUGGCUCACUUCCAACAUGUGGGGUAUCCUCUAUGAUCAAUGCAUGGGCACAGUGCCUGGUACUUAUAUAAGCAGAGGAGAGUCGAUGUCGCUCUCCACAUCUGACAGGAAAAAUGUCCAUCGUUCGCCGGAUGAGCGGCAGCGUAUCGGUCACCUUUACGACUCUAUCAUGCGUCUUGAUAAUCACGAGGUUGGGGCGGCCGAACAUUCGAAGACUUUCGUUUCUGAGUUUGCCAGGAAAUGGACUCGAGAUACCUUGAAGGUCGUUAAGGUGCUACAUGACAUGUUAUAUAGGCUGCAGAAGUCUACUAUCCCUCUUCGAGGUAGACUUAAGUUGCAGGUUUUGGGCGCUGUGAUGGGAGGGUGGCAUUGCCAAAACAGGCGAAUGGUUAUUGGGAAAGGCUACAUGUGUGUAAUGACCGUUGACGUGAUACGGAAAGUUCCAAGUCAAUACGACCGUGUCGACGAUCUUUUGCAACAAUUGCAAACUUUCUGGGCGUACAGGAAUGUGUUAAAUGCCUGUAAGCAAUCAAUUGACGUAAAGCCCCGUACUGCUGCGGAGCUACGCGAGUUCUUGUCUGGGGCUGCAACACCAGUGGGCAUCGAAGGCCCCAUGAUCCCUAGAUCUAUGGAAACGGAACCAGAUGAUACAAGCGAUUGCGGUGAGGAGGAAGGUUGUUAA